GCACGGCCUUCGGCCCGGGCGCAGCUCGCAGCCCGGCCCCGGAGAGCGCCUGGCGAUGGAGGCGGCCACCGCGCUGUGCCCCGGCCCGCGCCCGGCGCUGCCCCUCGGGGGCCCCGGCCCGCUGGGCGAGUUCUUGCCUCCCCCCGAGUGUCCAGUCUUCGAGCCCAGUUGGGAAGAGUUCGCGGACCCCUUCGCGUUCAUCCACAAGAUCCGGCCCAUCGCCGAGCAGACGGGGAUCUGCAAGGUGCGGCCGCCUCCGGACUGGCAGCCACCCUUUGCGUGUGAUGUUGAUAAACUUCAUUUUACGCCCCGGAUCCAGAGGCUGAAUGAAUUGGAGGCUCAGACUCGUGUAAAACUGAAUUUCUUGGACCAGAUUGCAAAGUACUGGGAAUUACAGGGAAGCACUCUGAAAAUCCCACAUGUGGAGAGAAAGAUCUUGGACCUGUUUCAGCUCAAUAAGUUAGUUGCAGAAGAAGGAGGAUUUGCAGUUGUUUGCAAAGAUAGAAAAUGGACCAAAAUUGCCACCAAGAUGGGGUUUGCUCCUGGCAAAGCCGUGGGCUCGCAUAUCAGGGGGCAUUACGAACGGAUCCUCAACCCCUACAACCUGUUCCUGUCUGGAGACAGCUUGAGGUGUCUGCAGAAGCCAAAUCUGACCACAGACACAAAGGACAAGGAAUACAAACCGCACGAUAUUCCCCAGAGGCAGUCCGUGCCACCCUCGGAAACCUGCCCCCCAGCUCGUCGCGCCAAACGCAUGCGCGCAGAGGCUAUGAAUGUUAAAAUAGAACCAGAAGAGACAACUGAAGCCAGAAUUCAUAAUCUGAGACGUCGAAUGGGUUGUCCAACUCCAAAAUGUGAAAAUGAGAAAGAAAUGAAAAGUAACAUCAAGCAAGAACCAGUUGAGAAGAAAGAUUUUAUUGUAGAAAGUGAGAAGGAAAAGCCUAAGAGUCGAUCUAAAAAAACCACCAAUGCUGUGGACCUGUACGUCUGCCUCCUGUGCGGCAGCGGCAGCGACGAGGACCGGCUUCUCCUGUGUGACGGCUGUGACGACAGCUACCAUACCUUCUGCUUGAUCCCACCGCUCCACGACGUCCCCAAGGGAGACUGGAGGUGUCCUAAGUGUUUGGCUCAGGAGUGCAGUAAGCCACAAGAAGCAUUUGGCUUUGAACAAGCAGCCAGGGACUAUACCCUGCGAACUUUUGGGGAAAUGGCAGAUGCCUUCAAAUCCGACUACUUCAACAUGCCAGUCCACAUGGUUCCCACAGAGCUGGUGGAGAAAGAAUUUUGGCGACUGGUAAGCACUAUUGAGGAAGAUGUCACAGUGGAAUAUGGAGCUGACAUCGCCUCUAAGGAAUUUGGCAGUGGCUUUCCUGUACGAGAUGGAAAAAUCAAGCUUUCGCCGGAGGAAGAGGAGUACCUUGACAGUGGCUGGAACCUGAACAACAUGCCGGUGAUGGAGCAGUCUGUGCUUGCCCACAUCACUGCCGACAUAUGUGGCAUGAAACUUCCGUGGCUGUACGUGGGAAUGUGCUUUUCAUCCUUCUGUUGGCAUAUUGAAGACCACUGGAGCUACUCGAUUAACUACCUGCACUGGGGUGAGCCAAAAACCUGGUACGGCGUCCCCGGCUACGCUGCCGAGCAGCUGGAGAACGUGAUGAAGAAGCUGGCUCCAGAGCUGUUUGUGUCGCAGCCGGACCUCCUGCACCAGCUUGUGACCAUCAUGAACCCCAACACUCUGAUGACGCAUGAAGUGCCUGUUUACCGAACUAACCAGUGUGCUGGGGAGUUCGUGAUCACCUUUCCACGAGCCUACCACAGCGGCUUUAACCAAGGCUUUAACUUUGCGGAGGCUGUGAACUUCUGCACCGUUGAUUGGCUCCCGCUAGGCCGGCAGUGCGUGGAGCAUUACCGCCUGCUUCACCGUUACUGCGUGUUCUCCCAUGAUGAGAUGAUUUGCAAGAUGGCUUCCAAGGCGGACGUACUGGACGUGGUAGUGGCUUCAACUGUUCAGAAGGACAUGGCCAUCAUGAUCGAGGAUGAGAAGGCUCUGAGGGAAACUGUCCGUAAAUUGGGAGUGAUCGAUUCAGAAAGAAUGGAUUUUGAGCUGUUGCCAGAUGAUGAGCGUCAGUGUGUAAAGUGUAAGACUACGUGCUUCAUGUCUGCCAUCUCCUGUUCUUGUAAACCUGGCCUGCUCGUGUGCUUGCACCACGUCAAGGAGUUGUGUUCCUGUCCUCCUCAUAAAUACAAGUUGCGAUACAGAUACACUCUGGAUGACCUCUACCCCAUGAUGAAUGCACUGAAGCUUCGAGCAGAGUCUUACAAUGAGUGGGCCUUAACUGUGAAUGAAGCUUUGGAGGCAAAAGUCAACAAGAAGAAAAGCCUUGUGAGCUUUAAGGCUUUAAUUGAGGAAUCUGAGAUGAAGAAAUUCCCGGACAAUGACCUCUUGCGCCACCUCCGCCUGGUCACGCAGGACGCAGAGAAGUGCGCCUCUGUGGCGCAGCAGCUGCUCACCGGCAAGAGGCAGACGAGAUACAGGUCUGGAGGAGGAAAAUCCCAGAAUCAGUUGACGGUGAAUGAGCUCCGCCAGUUUGUGACACAGCUGUAUGCACUUCCGUGCGUCCUCAGCCAGACACCGCUGCUGAAGGAUCUCUUGAAUCGGGUGGAAGAUUUCCAACAGCACAGCCAGAAGCUGCUCUCUGAGGAAAUGCCUAGUGCCGCGGAGCUGCAGGACCUGCUGGACGUCAGCUUUGAGUUUGACGUUGAGCUUCCGCAGCUUGCUGAGAUGCGUGUCCGGCUGGAGCAGGCCCGCUGGCUAGAAGAGGUGCAGCAAGCUUGCCUCGACCCCGGCUCCCUCACUCUGGAUGAUAUGAGACGGCUCAUAGACCUGGGGGUGGGGCUGGCCCCGUACUCGGCAGUGGAGAAAGCGAUGGCCCGGCUGCAGGAGCUGCUCACCGUGUCUGAGCACUGGGAUGACAAGGCCAAGAGUCUCCUCAAGGCCAGGCCGCGGCAUUCGCUAAACAGCCUUGCCACCGCAGUCAAGGAAAUUGAGGAGAUCCCUGCCUAUCUGCCCAAUGGGGCAGCUCUGAAAGACUCAGUGCAGAGGGCCAGAGACUGGCUUCAGGAUGUAGAGGCCUUGCAGGCUGGAGGACGUGUGCCAGUGUUAGACACACUCGUAGAACUUGUCACCAGAGGACGGUCUAUCCCUGUGCAUCUGAGUUCUUUGCCGAGACUGGAAUCACUGGUAGCUGAGGUUCAAGCUUGGAAAGAAUGUGCUGCUAACACAUUCUUGACUGAGAAUUCGCCAUAUUCUCUCCUAGAGGUGCUGUGUCCUCGAUGUGAUAUUGGCCUUGUGGGAUUGAAGAGGAAGCAGAGAAAGUUGAAGGAGCCCUUGCUGAGUGGGAAGAAGAGGAGCACCAAACUAGAGAGCCUGAGCGACCUGGAGAGAGCUUUGACUGAGAGCAGAGAGACCGCCUCGGCUAUGGCCGCGCUCGGGGAAGCUCGCCUGCGGGAGAUGGAAGCCUUGCAGUCUCUUCGGCUCGCCAACGAGGGGAAGUUGCUGUCGCCUGUCCAAGAUGUGGAGAUGAAAGUGUGCCUAUGUCAGAAGGGCCCGGCCGCCCCCAUGAUCCAGUGUGAACUCUGCAGGGGUGCUUUCCACACUGGUUGUGUGGCGAUGCCCAGUAUUUCACAAGGCCCCCAAAUCUGGCUUUGCCCCCACUGUCGACGGUCGGAGAAACCUCCCUUAGAGAAGAUUCUGCCCCUGCUGGCCUCCCUGCAGCGGAUCCGCGUGCGUCUUCCCGAGGGGGACGCGCUGCGCUACAUGAUCGAGAGGACCGUGGACUGGCAGCACAGAGCCCAGCAGCUGCUCUCGUCAGGGAGCCUAGGAUCUGUGCAGGACCGGGUGGGCUCAGGACUGUUACACAGAUGGCCAGCCUCGACGGGGCAGGCGGCAGAGACCAGCAAGGUGGCCCAGCCUCCCGGCGCAGCGUCCCUUACCUCGCCUGGUGACUGGGACAACAGGACCUCGUAUUCACACUCUCCCUUCUCCACUGGACAGAGUUGUGUCCCUCUCCAUGGCCUCAGUCCAGAAGUGAAUGAACUGUUAAUGGAAGCCCAGUUGCUCCAAGUGUCCCUUCCUGAAAUUCAGGAACUUUACCAGACCCUACUCGCAAAGCCAAGCCCCACACAGCCGAGCGACCGGAGCUCUCCUGCGCGGCCCGGCAGUGAGAAGAAGGACUGCUGCCGGGGCAAGCGUGACGCAGGCAGCAGCGUGGAGAGAAAGCUCAAGAGACGCCUGGACAGAGACAGCCUUGCCAGCGAGCAGUGGGACCGAGUCAAAAAAACACGGACCCCCAGGAAGAAGAAAAUCAAACUGAGCCACCCCAAGGACACGAGUGAUCUCAAGUUAGAGAGGGAGCGUGGCUACGAGUCGGCCCGUUCUGCCGAAAGCCACUCGCUGCCCUCGGACGCCUCCUACUCGGAGCAGGAGGACUCCGAGGACGAGGACGCCCUGUGCCCGGCCGCCAGCUGCCUGCAGCCGGAAGGAGACGAGGUGGACUGGGUCCAGUGUGAUGGCAGCUGCGAUCAGUGGUUUCACCAGGUCUGUGUUGGUGUUUCUCCAGAGAUGGCAGAGAAGGAGGACUACAUCUGUGUGCGCUGUGCCGGGGAGGACGCGCCGAGCCGCAAGUGACACACAGACCCCCCGCCCAGUGUCAAUCAGGACUCCCACCGGGAAGAUUCCUUGAAAUCUCAGCAGAGCUGCAGGACUGGUAUCGGGCCAGCCUGUAAACGGUGCUAUUUCUAUUCCUUACGGGAUCAUUUUUCCAGAACUCUUUGAAAAAAAGAAAAAACAACUAAAAAAAUUUUUGACACUUUUUGUAUUUUUUUCCUUAAGAGCUGUUUGUGGUUGUUGGGGUGUGAGGUGCUGUUUUCCGCAGGGGCCACCGGCCAGGACGGCACUGGCGCGCGCCUUCUCGCGCACGGCACUGGCGUCUUACCUCUGCCGGGAUGCACCGGCCAGGAGUGCGGCUCGCUGUGUGCGGAAGGGCACCAGGAACUCCAGUGAAUCCUCGCCGAGGACUCUCCCUCUCCCCUUUCCUCUGGCACCACAUGGGGGACUUUUCCGUUUUCCACUCUCGGGGUUUCUGUUUGUUUGUUGCUUUCUUUAUGGAUACACUUUUCUUUUUCCUGGUAGACUAGGUUUAUUUAUCUGAGCAAUAACUUCUAUGUUGGUUUCAGUGGCUGGAAUUAAAACAGAACAAAACAAACUGCUGCCCAGUGUGUUGGUGCUUUAGCAUUGCCAGACGCACAGUCACACGGCUGGCUCUGGUGUCAGCGACGACCCGGCCACGUGGAGAAGGGACCGCCUCUGAGCGCUCGGCUUUCUCUUGCCCCGGCCUCCCUCCCAUGUUUUUGGGAGCGUGUUUCAAACGCGGUUUCUGUUGUGGAGUAAAUCCUUGCUCCUCCUCUAACACUCAUGCCGGUUAUUGAGAGCCCGCAGAGCCCAGCGCCUAGGGGCCUGCAGGGGCAGCACCGGCCUCUCCCCCUGUGUCCUGCGCCCGGCACCAGGCCUGGGCCUCCAGCCCCCACGGACACAGCCCCUUAGCCUUCAAGGACAGAACCUGUCUUCAAAGCCAUGCUCCUUUUCCCGAGUUUUCUCAGAAGGCCAGCAAUCACUCCAGUCCUCGGCUGCGCUCUCCCCGUGCAGACGAUGCCUUUAUUCUGCCCCCACUGACGGGGAAGCCCGGGCUGGGGCUGAGGGUCGGAAGGAAAGGGAGGAGGUCGCCCUGGCCAAGGGCCGGAUCAGUGCAGGCUUGGAGGGGAGUUUGUGGUCCCAGCCUCUGCCUUCCUGGUCUCUCCCACCUCCUCUCUGAUCCCUGCGGCUCCAGCCAGCCCCCAGCUGCCCUCCCCUGGCCUCUGAUCUGCAGUGGGGGCGGCGCGUCCGGGAGUAGAACACACUCUUGCGUUACUUUUCCCUGUUGUGUUGCUAAUACCUGUUUCCCCCACAUUCUAUAGCCAUAAACUUGAAGAUGGGUAGAACUAGUGGAUCUUUAAUGAGAUACAGCCGCAGCAGCAGCAGCAGUUUGUGAUGUAGCCAAGAUUUCAAUGUACACCCCCUUUUAUGCAAUUCAUAUGAUUA